AUGGAGGUCAGAGGUCAGAGGUUAGAGAGCUACCGCCUGGAUCCCCCGUCUUCCAGGUCUCAGACGGGAGCCAUCAGUCCCACUCCCUACAACAGUGUCAUCAGCCUGAACUUCGGAGGGAACCCGCUACACUGUAACUGUGAGUUACUAUGGUUACGGCGGCUGGUCCGAGAGGACGACAUGGAGACGUGCGCCACGCCCCCUCAGCUGGCCGGCAGGUAUUUCUGGUCCAUCCCUGAGGAGGAGUUCACCUGUGAACCGCCCCUCAUCACCAGACACAGCCACAAGCUCUGGGUCCUGGAAGGUCAAAGGGCAACCCUGAAAUGCAGAGCCAUCGGCGACCCCGAACCCGUCAUCCAUUUUGUCUCACCCGGCGAUCGGAUUGUGGCGAACUCCAGCCGCGCGACAUCGUACCGGAACGGAACAUUGGAUCUCUUAGUUACGGUUGCUAGGACGACGGAGCGUACACGGCAUAGCGAUAAACGCAGCGGGGGAAGCUACUGCGACGGUGGGAUCUAA